UCCACACCUCUUUCUCUCUCUAAAAAGUACUCUGCACUAUUUUGGGCUGCAGAGGCCAUGCGGAUGCCACCAUUGCAGUCGAUUUGAGAUCAGUGCGGCCUGCAGCAGCGGCGGUGUAACUGAUUUAGGGUUUCGAUCGGCCGGCGGCGUAUUGCACAGUUGAUAAUCAGGUUUUUUUGUUUUGAUUUUGAUUUUAAUUUUGAUUUCGUCGGAUAGUUGGAAGAGGAGCAAAAUGAUCAGCUGGCACGAUCUGUAUGUGGUCCUUACUGCCAUGGUUCCUCUCUAUGUUGCGAUGAUUCUGGCUUACGGUUCCGUCCGGUGGUGGAAGAUCUUCACGCCCGAUCAGUGCUCCGGAAUCAACCGAUUCGUCGCGAUUUUCGCGGUUCCGCUUUUGUCGUUCCAUUUCAUCGCGAGGAACAAUAUUUACACGAUGAAUUUUAGGUUCCUCGCGGCGGAUACGUUGCAGAAGAUCAUCAUGUUGGUGCUGUUAGGGCUGUGGAGUAAUUUCACCAGAAAUGGCAGUCUGGAGUGGUCAGUCACCAUCUUCUCGCUCUCCACUCUGCCUAACACUCUGGUCAUGGGGAUUCCGUUGCUGGUUUCAAUGUACGGCGAAUAUUCCGGCGACCUAAUGGUGCAGAUCGUCGUGCUCCAGUGCAUCAUCUGGUACACUCUGCUUCUCUUCCUGUUCGAGUACCGCGGCGCUAAAAUGCUGAUUAUGGAGCAGUUCCCCGAAACCGCCGCCUCCAUUGUGUCGUUCAAGGUCGAAUCCGACGUCGUUUCGCUCGACGGCCAGGACUUUCUCGAAACAGACGCAGCGAUUGGUGACGACGGUAAGCUGCACGUAACUGUCAGAAAAUCCAACGCCUCUCGGAGAUCCUUCUCCGGAUUAACUCCCCGACCGUCGAACUUAACCGGCGCUGAGAUUUACAGCUUAAGUUCUUCCAGAAAUCAGACUCCGAGAGCUUCCAAUUUCAACCACACGGAUUUUCACUCGAUGAUGGGAUUCCCUGGCAGGCUUUCGAAUUUUGGGAACUCCGAUACAGGUAGAUUGUCUAAUUUCAAUGUCGCCGAUAUGUAUUCAGUGCAGUCGUCGAGAGGACCGACCCCACGGCCGUCGAAUUUCGAAGAGAACUCCAUCGCCGGAGCUCCGGCGAUGAACUCCCCGAGAUUCGGUUACUAUCCGCCUCCGGCGACGGCCGCCGCUUCUUACCCCGCUCCAAAUCCAGAAAUCGCCUCUGCUGUGCCGAAAAUGGCCAAACCUCAUCAACCGGCGGCAGCGUCGCAGCACGGCGGUAAAGGUAAUCACGACGCUAAAGAGCUUCACAUGUUCGUAUGGAGCUCCAGCGCGUCGCCGGUGUCGGAAGUCGGCGGAGGGAACCUCCACGUCUUCGGCGGCACAGAUUUCGGCGUUUCCGAGCAAUCCCGAAAGUCCGAUCAAGGCGCCAAGGAAAUCAGGCUGUUGGUUACCGAUCGCCCCCAAAACGGGGAGACAAAAGGUCAAUAUAAUUUCCAUUUGUUUUCUUCCGCAAUUCUUUUGUCGUCGAUCGAAUUGUUUAUCAAUUUUUCCUCAAAAACAGGGGAUUUUGUUCGCGAGGACUUCAGCUUCGGCGCCGAUCGUCACACGAACGAGGAGCGAGGGAAAAAGGAGAUUCCAACAGGACUUUCCAAAAUAGGAUCAAGCUCCACAGCCGAACACGAUCCAAAGUUCGCCGGAAAACACAUGCCGCCGGCGAGUGUAAUGACGCGCCUGAUCUUGAUCAUGGUUUGGCGUAAGCUUAUCCGAAACCCCAACACUUACUCCAGCCUGAUUGGCCUCAUUUGGUCUCUGGUCUCGUAUAGGUGGAAUGUGCACAUGCCCAAAAUCAUUGACAAGUCCAUCGCCAUCCUCUCCGACGCUGGCCUCGGCAUGGCCAUGUUCAGCUUAGGUCUAUUCAUGGCCCUCCAACCCAAGCUAAUUGCUUGCGGCAAAACCGUGGCAUCUUUUGCCAUGGCUGUGAGGUUUAUCACUGGCCCUGCUGUCAUGGCUGUAGCUUCCAUUGCUGUUGGUCUCCGUGGCACCCUUCUCCACGUCGCCAUUGUACAGGCUGCACUGCCACAAGGGAUUGUCCCUUUCGUGUUUGCCAAAGAAUACAAUGUCCAUCCAGCAAUCCUCAGCACCAUGGUCAUAUUUGGGAUGUUGAUAGCAUUGCCCAUCACUCUCGCCUACUACAUUCUCCUCGGACUCUAAUCAUCGUCAUCAUUUGUGUUUUUUGGAGUGAUUGGGAAAGAAGAAUGAAGGCUAAUUUUAAUUAUUUAACCAGACACACAUCACUUGUCAUCAACAGUUCUCUUCUUCCCAAGAAUCAGGACCCUUGAAGCAAGCAACCAAACAUCUAUUCCAUGGUGGAAAAACAAAAAAAAAAAAGAAAAGAAAAAAAGGUGAGAUAUAUAUAUAUAUAGAUAUAUUAGGAGUGGGAAAAGAAAAGGCAACAUCAGUCAUGAUCAAUCAAUAUCACCAUGAUGAAUCAAAUUAAAAACCAAGAAUCAAAAAGCAUGCAUGCAUUCAUUCAUUCAUGCGUGUGUGUGUAUCUUUUGUAUGAAUUAUUAUUAUUAUUAGCACCACCACUAGAAAGAAGCACAGCAGCAGCAGCCUUAUCAAAUCUCUCUCGUCCACAAUCAUUACGCAUGUUAGAAGAAAAAGCCAUGUCCUCAGGCUUUACAUCUUGUCUGGUCCAACUAGUGGGGUACAAACAUACUACUACUUGUUUAUUUCUCCACCCUCUUUUUUUGUUAUUCCCUUUUUUUUUUUUUUUUUCUGAAAAAUAUUUAUUCCAGUUUUUAUGUUGAAAGCGAUUGUGAUAAUAUAUGCUGGCGACCCUAGCCCUCAACUUAGAUCUCUACCCUUUUUCACAGCGGAAUAUAAAAUAUAAUAUAUGUAUUGAUGUAUAUGUAGCAAUAUGAAAAAUAUUUCCCUGAUUUCAGCCACCCAACAAAAAAAAAAAAGCUUGGCAGAUUUUUUACAGGAAUAUUGAAAAUGGAGAGGCUCCCUAUGUAUAUUAUUAUUAUUAUUAUUAAAU